AUGCCCAGCAAAACACCACACACCAACGGCAAUGAACCAGUCGAGAAUGGUGUCAAUGGUACAAAAGACGUCGAGAUGAAGGACGAUGCGCCCACAUCCCUGAAAGGUGGAAAGGGCAAGAAGUCGAAAGAUGGAGAAGAGGAGAUGACAGUUGUUGUUCCGCCAUCAAAAGCUUCAAAAUUGUCAUCAUCCCCGGGCAAAGAUCAGGAAGGUGAUGUGGUAAUGGAAGGUGAAGAGCAAACAGCAGAGGAUGACGGCGCUGUGAAAGUUGAUCCAGUAACCAAGGCUGUAUCAGAUAUCAAGAACAGUUUUCCAUUACUCGAGCGCGCAGUCACUCUGUUCGAUGCUAGGUUUACACUCAGAGCCCUUCGAUCAAUUUCGUCUAUCCGCAAACGCCUGACACCCGAUAUCCUUGCGAGGGUCAUCACAGAGACAUAUCCAUCGACGAGCCCUGCUGCUAAGUCUUUGUUGGUUGCAAUUGAUAGGGAGGAUGCUACAUUUUCCAAACCAAACACUCCGGAGAUGGAAGUUGAUUCUGAAUCCAAGGCGACUAAGUCGGGAAAGAAAGAGCAAAAAGAUAUCCUCCCUGAAGUCGACAUCUUCCUUGGAGUUCUUAUCCAGAUCCACUACUUGGACAAGAAGGACAACAACAGAGGUGCGGUCUUCUCUCAACAUCUCACUGAUCGGAUACACUCCUUGAAUCGCCGAACCCUCGACUCGCUAUCUGCCCGCGUGUAUUUUUACUACUCGUUAUUCUGCGAGCAGAUGCAGCCACUUCCACCUUCUCCAGCAUCACCAGUUGUAUCUCUUCGACCAGCUCUUCUAUCUGCCCUCCGAACUGCCGUUUUACGAAAGGAUGUCGACACACAAUCUACGGUCAUCGUUCUACUGUUACGGAAUUAUCUAUCCACAUCCCAUAUUAAUCAAGCCGAUCUCCUUGUAACACAUACCAAGUUUCCUGACAACGCAUCGAAUAACCAAGUUGCACGAUAUCUGUAUUAUCUAGGACGAAUCAGAGCCAUUCAACUCCGUUACACAGAAGCGCAUCAACAUCUCACAGCAGCAACAAGAAAAGCACCUUCGAGUCCUUGUGCGGCCGGUUUCUCACAGAGUGCGACGAAGUUGAAGUUGGUCGUUGAGUUGUUAAUGGGUGAUAUCCCGGAACGUGCCACCUUCCGCGAUGCCAGCAUGGAGCGUGCCUUAGAACCAUACUUGCAUCUUGUUCAGGCCGUCCGUGUGGGACUUCUUGGGGAGUUUGAAAGUACCAUCAAACAGCACAGUGAGGCUUUCAGACGUGACGGCACAUACACUUUAAUUCUGCGCCUGCGACAAAAUGUCAUCAAGACCGGUAUCCGAAUGAUGUCAUUAUCGUAUUCAAGAAUAUCGCUCCGAGACAUCUGUAUCCGUUUGAAGUUGGAGAGCGAGGAAUCUGCCGAGUACAUUGUUGCAAAGGCAAUCCGGGAUGGUGUCAUUGAGGCUUCCUUGGAUCGUGAGAGAGGAUUCAUGAAGAGCAAGGAGGUUGGCGAUGUCUAUGCCACCAGAGAACCGGGAGAAGCAUUCCACGAGCGUAUCCAAGCGUGCCUCAGCCUCCACGAUGAAAGCGUCAAGGCAAUGCGAUUCCCUAUGAACCAACACCGAUUGGAACUCAAGAACGCCCAAGAGGCACGCGAGCGCGAGCGUGAGAUGGCAAAGGAGAUUCAGGACGGAGAUCUGGACGAAGACGACCUCGGUGGGGAAUUUGAGGGCAUGUAA